AUGACGGCGCAGCAGAGGAGGGAGAGCUAUGCGUGCGAUGUCACAUACGUCACCAACAGCGAGCUUGGCUUCGACUACCUCAGGGACAAUCUCGCCACUUCCAAGGCGGACCUGGUGGUGCCCUCUUUCAACUUCUGCAUCAUCGAUGAAGUCGACUCCAUUCUCAUCGACGAGGCCCGCACACUCACUCCCUUCCAUUCCCUCCCCCGCCGCUUGCCAUCCCUCACCUCACCUCCUCCACUCACAUCCAAGGUGGACCUAGUUGUACCCUCCUUCAACUUCUGCAUAAUCGAUGAAGUUGAUUCCAUUCUCAUAGACGAGGCCCGCACGCCGCUCAUCAUCUCAGGGCCGGCUGAGAAGCCCAGCGAGCGAUACCUUGUUGCUGCCAAGAUCGCAGCGGCUUUUGAACGAGACGUGCACUACACGACAUGCUACGAGGAAGCAGAGCUGGUUCUCAAACUGACCGACCUGUACGCCCCCAAGCAGCAGUGGGCGCCCUUCCUCCUCAACACAGUAGCUCCCCUUUCCUCUCUUCCUUCCCUGCCCACCCGCCUGCCUUCCCUGCGUGCAGAUCUCUACGACCCCAAGCAGCAGUGGGCCUCCUUCCUCCUCAACGUCAUCACACCCUCCUCUCCCUUCUUUCUCUCCUUUGCUCUCUUCUUGUCUGCCUCUUCAUCUUCCUUCCCACUGCCUGCCUGCUCUGUGGACGAGAAGCAGAAGGUGGUUCUCUUAACAGAGAUAGGGUAUGAAGAAGCAGAGCUGGUGCUCAAAGUGACCGACCUGUACGAUCCCAAGGAGCAGUGGGCCUCCUUCCUCCUCAACGCAAUCAAAGCCAAGGAGCUCUUUGCUAAGGACGUGCAGUACAUUGUGCGCGACGGAGCGGUGCUUAUAGUGGAUGAGUUUACAGGGAGGAUAAUGGAGGGGCGGCGGUGGAGCGAGGGCGUGCAUCAAGCAGUGGAGGCAAAGGAGGGCGUGGCGAUUCAGAACGAGACGGUCAGCCUGGCGUCUAUCAGCUAUCAGAACUUCUUCCUGCAGGUGGGUCUGUGUGGAGUGAGUGAGGGCGUGCACGAGGCAGUGGAGGCGAAGGAGGGAGUGGGGAUUCAGAACGAGACACUAUUUGGCGUGACCGGCUUGGCUGCCACAGAGGCAGCAACAAUCCGCCAGCCCUCCCCCCCUUCAUUUGUCCCUCCAGCCCAUCUCCCCUUGCUCUUUGUCCCUCCAACCCAUCUCCCCUUGCUCUUUGUCCCUCCAACCCAUCUUCCCUUGCUCUUUGUCCCUCCAACCCCCGUCUCUUCCCUUCCUUUCACCUUAUCUAUCUGCACUGGAGUACCCCCCAAACUGUGUGGCAUGAAUGACACGGCAGCCAUAGAGGCGGACAGGACAGGCACGGCAGCGACAGAGGCAGACGAGUUUGAGAGCAUCUACAAGCUGGCUGUGGCCGAGGUCCCCACCAACCGACCUCUUCAGCGGAAGGAUGAGCAAGACGUGGUGUAUCGCACGUCAGUGGGCAAGUGGAGGGCAGUGGUGGCGGAUGUGAAGGGGCGGCACGCAGAGGAGCAGCCAGACGAGCAAGACGUGGUGUAUCGCACAUCAGUGGGCAAGUGGAAGGCGGUUGUCGCAGAUGUGAAGGGGCGGCAUGCAGAGGGGCGGCCGGUGCUGGUGGGAACCACGUCGGUUGAGAUCAGUGAGGCGCUCUCGGCCAAACUAAAGGAGGCGAACGUCCCCCACCAGGUGCUGAACGCCAAGCCAGAGAACGUGGAGAGGGAAGCAGAGAUAGUCGCGCAGAGCGGGCGUGUGGGGGCAGUGACCAUAGCAACCAACAUGGCUGGGCGGGGAACUGACAUUCUUUUGGGCGGCAAUGCUGAAUUCAUGGCCCGGCUGAAGCUCAGGGAGGCGCUCAUGCCCAGUCUCUUCCCCUGUCCGCUCUCGCCUGACCUCAGUAAUGCCGUGAACGAGGCAGUGCAAGCAGCAGUGCAGGCGUGGGGCUCUGAAUCCGUGCUCUUCCAUUCCCUGCCCUCUUAUGCCCAUCCACUGCCCUCCUGCCCCCAUCCCCACCAGGUGCCGCCCAGUCUCUUCCCCUGUCCGCUCUCGCCUGACCUCACUAAUGCCGUGAACGAGGCAGUGCAAGCAGCAGUGCAGGCGUGGGGCUCUGAAUCCGUGCUCUUCCAUUCCCUGCCCUCUUAUGCCCAUCCACUGCCCUCCUGCCCCCAUCCCCACCAGGUGCCGCCCAGUCUCUUCCCAUGUCCGCUCUCGCCUGACUUCAGUCAUACUGUGAAUUUUGAGACGUCUCAAAACUCAACUGUUAUCACCCAACCCUUCUUUGUUCUCCAGGUGCCGGCCAGUCUCUUCCCCUGUCCGCUCUCGCCUGACCUCACUGAUGCCGUUAACGAGGCGGUGCAAGCAGCAGUGGAGGCGUGGGGGAGCAGUGCGCUCACCGCACUGGAGGCAGAGGACAGGCUGGCAUUCGCAUGUGAGAAGGUGAGAGGCGGUGUGAGGGUCCCACGUCUGACCCUGUGGGGCCCCACGUCCGACCCUGUGGUGAAGCAGCUGAGAGCAGCCUUUGAGGCGGGCCCCACGGCCGAUCCUGUGGUGAAGCAAUUAAGGGCAGCCUUCGAGGCAGUGGAGGGGGAGUAUCGGCGAUUCACAGAGGAGGAGAAGCGGAAAGUGAUUGCUGCUGGAGGCCUGCAUGUGAUCGGCACAGAGCGGCAUGAGUCACGACGUGUGGACAACCAGCGGCACGAGUCACGACACGUGGACAACCAGGUAGGUCGGUUGCAACCUGUGUAUGAGCACUGGAUUUUCUAA